AUGAACGCCUCUGUACGCGCCGACGCGAUCUUCGACCUCAAGGGCCGUGUUGCCGUCGUCACCGGCGGCGGAACGGGCAUCGGCCUGCACAUCGCGACGGGACUGGCGGAAAACGGUGCGAAGGUAUACAUCACCGGGAGGCGGAAAGAGGUGCUGGACAAGGCGGCGAGUGCAUUCGCCGCGGAGCACAAGGGUAACGGAUCCAUGAUUCCGCUCACGAUGGAUGUGACGUCUCGCGAAAGCAUCGCUGCGGCGCGCGACCAGAUCGAGGCCGCAGACGGCAAGCUGCACCUCCUGGUGAACAACGCCGGCCAGGUCGGCCCCGUCAGCCCUUGGUUCGAGGACCCGAACGCGCCCCAGCGAGCGAGCGCGGACGCGACGGGCCGCGCACUCUUCGCGGACGCGUCCUUUGACGACUGGGCGCAGAUCUACAGCGUCAACACGUUCUCGAUAUGGUUCGUGACCACCGCCUUCCUCGGUCUCCUCACCAAAGGCAGCGACGACGUCUCUGGGUACACUUCCUCCGUCGUGAACAUCACGAGCGUGAGCGGACACGUCAAGCUUUCGCAGAACCACGCAAGCCCAAUUUGCGCCGCGUCCCACCUGAGCAAGAUGAUGGCGACGGAGUGGGCGGUCAAGGGCAUCCCCGUCCGCGUGAACGCGAUCGCGCCCGGCGUGUGGGAGUCGGAGAUGACCUACGACGAGGUCACGCCCGAGCUCGUCGACCGCAUCGGCAAGGGGCUCGUGCCUGUCCCCACGAAACGCGCGGGGAGGCCAGGCGAGAUGGCGGGGACUGUGAUCUACCUGGCGUCGCCCGCCGGGUGCUACACGAACGGCCAGGAGAUCGCCGUCGAUGGCGGGUACCUCGCCGUCAACCCGUCCACCGUCUGA